CAUCGUCAGGAGAACUUUCCCACGAUAGAAUAAAAUGAUAACGAGUCAAGGAAAUACGAAGGAAAAGCAGAAAUUCUGCUGUCGCAUUGCCGAGGUUAAUCAAGACUUAGAUUUACAACUUCGGAUACUGUCGAAAGCUUCUUCAAAAUUAAGUUCGAAAUCAGAAUCAGAAUCAAAAUCCAAGGCAAGAGGAAAGGUUAUUAAGAGGACACAAAUAUCUUCGAAUUACAAGCAAACUCUCUCAUAUACGCAUGUGUGUAUAACUAAUAACGUUGAAAUCGAAGACGAAAAUACAUUGACGAGUAGUGAGAAAAACUUAAACGAUAAAGAUCUCAACGAUCGUUUAGAAUCUAAAUGGAUUAUGGUGCCAUCCGAUCCAUCUAAGUGGAACUCGAGCCAUAUAGCUUCGUGGAUUUCAUGGUGUAGUCGAACAUUCUCGAUAAGACCAACGCCGAUCGCCACGAUACUUCCGUCAACCGGGAAGGAACUAUUGAAAUUGUCCUUACGAAAUUGGCAAGAUAUCGGCGGUGCAGCAGGAGGUCGUCUUCUGGCCCAACACUUGGGUCACCUUCGUCUACAAGCUACUGGCGUACAUACUCCUGAUUUACUUCAGGAGAACAUAAACAGCACUGAAAGGAUCAGCCUCCUACAACGAACUUGCUCGCUCAUUGGAUCGACGGCUGGAACGGGAGGUUCGGGGGCGGUCGGAGGCGGACAGGUUCAGCUUUGGCAAUUCUUGCUGGAGCUGCUCUCGGAUUCGUCCAACUCUUCCUGUAUUGCAUGGGAAGGUUCGAACGGAGAAUUCAAACUCACCGAUCCGGACGAGGUUGCCCGUCGAUGGGGCGAGCGCAAGAGUAAACCCAAUAUGAAUUAUGACAAGCUCUCGCGCGCAUUAAGAUAUUAUUACGACAAAAAUAUAAUGACGAAAGUCCAUGGUAAACGUUACGCUUACAAGUUCGAUUUUCAUGGUUUGAUGAUGGCCUGUCAAUCACAAGCUGGUAUCAUGCUGGAGACGUCAACGUCGUCGCGCGUAACAAACGCAAACUGUCAUCCUCAUCAUCAAGCACAUCGUACUCAUCGUUUGUAUCCAGCGAACUCAUCACCUACUCAACAUUCUUUACCAUCCUCGUUGCAAUCAGGUCCGUCGCCGUUAGCUCAACAACCACCACCACCACCACCACCACCGCCACCGCCACCGCCACCGCCACCGCCACCGCCUCCACCACCGCCACCGCCACCACCGCCGCCACCACAUUAUUGUUGGCCCUAUCACAGAUAUUCACCACCUGCAUAAUAAACUGUAAUCACUACUAAAUGUAUGUGAUUACGCAGCGUCAACUUUAGAAGUUGAUGGCUCGAGUAAAUAUCGUUUAUUUUGUUCUUUUUUU